AUGCCUCUUCUCCAGGAGCAACGUCUGGAGCAUCACGGUCGGGCGACGCUGGUCCUGGAUUUGGAUCACACCUUGGUGCAUGGCGAAGUGCAGCGUCCAGGCCUGGAGGAAUUCCUGGACCAGAUGUCUGCUUUGUACGAGAUCGUCCUCUUCACCGCAGGCCCUCAAGCGCUGGCGGAACAAUGGGUGACAGCCAUCGACAAAGGAAGGUUUGCGUUUAUCCUGUAUGGAAACUCAUGUGUGAGCCCCAAGGUAGGAGUGAAUCACAAGAUCCUCAAGGAUUUAGGGAGGGACAUGGCCAGGGUUGUGGUGGUGGACGACACCCCGAGCACUUACAAGUAUAACCAGGAGAACGCGUUGCCAAUCACUCCAUUCUACCGUGGGGACGACACAGACCAGGAGCUCCUUGCGCUCAUCCCCUUCCUCGCCAGCAUUGCUCACUCGGAGGAUUUGAGAUUGGAGCUCUGCAAGCGAAAGGGCUACACAAACUCCACGACUAGCGCGACCAUUGUCAGCAAAAAGGAAAAGGGUGGUGUCAAGGAGAAGCUCGUCACUGUGGCAAGCAACAAGAAGAACAAAAAGAAGCCAUAG